AGCCUUGGCUCCAGGGUGGAGGCGAUCUCUGAGAGGAGUAUACAAACUGUUUAAAAAAUAAACAAAGAGGCUUAAAAGUGACAUUUUUCACUGAACAGACAUGAAGACAGUGUUUGUCACUGUCGGCACCACGUGUUUUGAGGAGCUCAUUGAAAACAUCACGUCCUCCGAGGCCGUUCAGGCUUUAAAGGCUCAUGGAUAUGAGCGUUUGGUCCUUCAGGUUGGAAGAGGAUCUCUCCUUCCAGCUGCUGACAGCUGUCCACACAUCAGACUGGAGGCUUUUCGAUUCAAAGACUCUAUAGCAGAGGACUUCAAGCAGGCUGACCUCGUCAUCAGCCACGCAGGGGCAGGAAGUUGUCUGGAGGCGCUCGGUGCAGGGAAACCUCUGCUGGUCGUCAUCAAUGACAAGCUGAUGAACAACCACCAACUGGAGCUGGCCAGACAGCUGCACAUGGACUCCCAUCUGUUGUACUGCACGUGCAGCACGCUGACAGAAACGCUGACGACCAUGGAUCUUUCUGUUCUGCAGCCCUUCUUGCCGGGACAGCCAAAAAAAUUUGCAAACUUUCUAGACAAAGCCCUCGGUGUUAAGUGAAACUUUCCUUUUAAGCACGUGUUUUUUUUUUUUCUGUUACACUUAAGUGAGAUGAUUUUUGAAUAACAUGGUAGUUUUUGACACUGCUGAACUUUUGAGUCUUUUCUAUUUCUGUAUGAGAUGAUUACAUAUGUCUUAAUUCCAAAUCUCAGUGUAUGUUGUGAAUUAUUUGCUUGUGUUUAUUCUAGAUUUUUUUUUUUUUUUACACAAAUGAAAGGAAAAAAAAACCUUUAUCAAUCUCAGGACUUUGAGUCAUAAUACAUAAUGCAUAAUAAUACACAGCAGUUUAGGGAGUUUAAGGCAUCACUGCACUUUUAGACGGAACAAAAGCUGCACUGGAUCCUUAACUCUUGACAUUGAUAAUCCACAAGCUUCAAGUUUUCCCAGCGAUUUUCAUCCUCAUCAGAGUGCAAGGCUAGUGACUCUGCUGUUGAUCCCCUUUUUUAUUCGUAAUGUCACUUGUAAUUUGGGUUUUUAUUUGAAGUCUUCCUCCAAACAGCUGAUUUGUAAAUCUAAAGAUGGAAAACUUCUGCUCAUUGCCAACUUCUAAUUUUAGACAAAACAACUUAUGGCAUUCGUCUAAUGAAUAUGAAGAUGUGUAUUUGUGUGAGACAUAAAGUGGUGGAGUCUCAACAGCUCUCUUCCCAAGAGGACUGACAUCUUGACUCAGACCAAACUUGCUCAGCCUGUAAGUUUGUGAUUUUCCAUUUCUCUAAUUCUUUUGUUUCUCUCUAAUUCUAUGCAGUCACAGUUCUUUUGACCGUUCUUUUACUGUAGGACAAGGGCUGUGGCUGAGCACAAGCUGGCUGAACGCAAAACUACAUAAAAAUGUAGAUUUAUGCAAAUAGAGGUCAAGGAAAAUCUGAAUAAUUUGACCUUGGCUUUCUGAACAUAAAGUCACAUCACUUUUCUCUUAUAUAAAAUGUAAGCAAAAAGCCAGUUUAGUGUAAAUAGUGCUGAUUUGCAGAAACAACUUUGCUGCGUCGUAGUGAGACAAGUGGUACCAAUUCUUGCCACAAGGGUGAGAUGAUGUUGAAGUCUCUGACCUUGUAGGCUGAUUACCAUUUGUCCUCCCAGCACACAGUGGAGUGUGCACCCAGCACUCCAGUUUCCAUGUGUUACCAGGUCCUGUUGCUCUUAUCUCAAGUAAAAUCCAAUAACACUUUAAGCCUCUGCGUUUAUAAGCAGUAUAUAAAGAUUUAAUGGUUUAUGACACAUUAUAAUUACAGCUGUAAGCAAAUAUAAGGAUAUUUUAAAUGUCUAUUAAACUACAGUAUUUGUUAGCAAUUAUAACCUCUCCUAUAAAGACAUAUAUUCAGUUAUUAUACUGUGUUGUCAUUCAUUAUCUGUUUAUACACCAGCAUCUACCUAUAAGGAGCAGCUGUAGUUGUUAACAAAUAGAUUAAAACACUUAAACCCGCUUACAGCUACAUCAUAGUGUGUUGUAAACCACUUAUUAAAUGUUUAUACAUUGAUUUUAAAUGCUAAUUAAUGGGCUUAAAACGUUCCCUAAAAUCGCUCUUUAUGUUCCAUGACUACCCGUUUUCUGCCAAGUCUGCCUCAGUCUGUCUGUGUAUCUCUGCAGACCGGCGGGAGGGAAGAUGGAUAAGAGACGCCACCAUCUGUUUCAGUGAUCAGUGUAUGAGAGGCUGUCGUAAAUCAUCUAAGGUGCAGCGUAUACUGUGUUUAUUUGAACAGCCUGGGAACAGAAAUUUUAAAUUAAACUCUGCUAGGGUUUGGUUUUUGGUUUUUUUUGGACUUUGUUUUGAAGAUACAUUUUAUUUUCAGUCUUGUUCAGCUACUGUAGAGUCAGUACUUUAAAGUUAUUGGUAUAAAAUCCUUGAAAAGCCACUGUUACGAAAGACACAGCUGUGAAGUGUUGAUGUUGUUGUAAAACAACUGAUUCAUCAUUUCUUUAAGUUACAGUGUCUUCCCUGGAAAAGCUUUGUUGCUUUGCUAAGUGAAAGACAGCACGUAGUCUAGUUUUGGCUGUUGAACCUCCAAACAGUGUUUAGAGUCAUGACAGGAAACAUUUUGAUCUACUCUCUGCUACAAAGGCUGGAGAGGUAGAAAGAUUCAGCAGCAAAUUUACCAACCAGCUGUGGUCACUGACUGGUAAGAACAGGUUUAACAACCCGAUUACACCAGUAUUUUGUUAUGAUACUAUAGAUGUGAAUUCCCUGACUUGACUCAGAUAUAAUUGGCCUUUCAGACCAUCUGAUAAAGAAAAUAUUUCAUGUUUCAAAUCUCACAUCACUGUUGUACACAAGGAAUGAACUAGAAGACAGACAGACAGACUUCCUUCUUUCUUUCUUGGGAAAGUCCCCCACCUUUUGCUUCUAUAAGAAUUUCUGUGGAAAGGGAGGAUUCCCUGUGAUAGGGAACUCACUGGGACAGGUUCUUCAGUUCCCUCCUUCAGUCACAAAUGUCACAGCUCGCAGACGUAAAAUGUCACCCUCUGAGGACUACAAUAAAUGAAGCAUAGUACCUCUUUAGUUUCUGAUUCUGUGGUAACACCAGACAGCUGUUGUACCACCUCAGCGGAACUAAGGAAGUGGUUACCUUUAAUACACAACACAACAAACGAGAGCAGGGUGUCUAGUCACAUAACGAUAUGCACAACAGAUAUGGGUGGUAGUGAAGGAGACGCGCCCCCCUUGCAUCUGCAACCUCGGCUGUGGUGCCCAUGAGCAAGGCACCUAUCCGCCCCCAUCUCCAUGAGCGCCUUACUAGGCAGCCCCCUGCUCCUGCGUCUCUAGUGCAUGUGCAUGCUUGUGUGUGUGUUUUUCGUUCACUUGGUGUGGGUAAAAUGCAGAGAAUAAAUUUCCCCAGCUUGAGGGAUAAAUAAAGUAAUUAACAACACGUUAUGAUUUUAGCGGUGAUACCUAACUGAAAUGCCUUUUUUUUGCUACAAUGCUGCUUCCGAAAUGGUUGAAUUGUGAUUUGUUUGGCAUCACAACCCUUGUCUGACUUAAACAACGGAGGACACAAAAUGACAUUAUGUAAUUUGGUUAAUUUCUUAGCAGUUUCCCAGACAAGAAUUAACCCUGGUCAUGUACUUUUGAUCUUGAUUUCAUUCAGUAUCUUCAUAAAAUAUUGUUUAAGUCUAUGCUCACUGAAAAAUGUCCUUAUUGCAGAUAUUUUACGCAAAGUCUCAGCCUUUUGGUGCCUUUCCUUGAUUCAAUUCAUCAGGAGUUAUUUGGUUUGGACUGGUUCUGUCUGCCACUCCAGUACGAUUCACAUGAUGUUUGUGCAAACUGCAUGUUAAUCUAAUAGAGAUGGGCGAACUAGUCUGGGGUCAC